UCCGGUUCCGCCCCCUCCGCCCUCUUUCACUGAGGUACGGCGGUGGAUUAAGGUGCUCGGUCCUUCUGUGAAGCUAAGGCCUGGUAUCCAUCCGGCGACUAGCACUCUUCUCCUCUGCCAUCCGCGACUCUACGAGCGCCCAUCACACGCAGCAAUGGCCUCCUCCUCCGAGCUCGCCUGUAUUUACUCCGCUCUCAUCCUCUACGAUGACGAUAUCACCAUCACGGAAGACAAGAUCCUCGCUCUGAUCAAAGCUGCAGGAGUCAGCGUGGAGCCGUUCUGGCCCAGCCUGUUCGCCAAGGCUCUCUCCGGCAUCAACAUCGGCAGUCUGAUCUCCAACGUGGGAGCUGGUGGUGGCGCCCCCGCUGCUGGCGCUGUGGCUGCUGCUCCUGCCGCAGCUGCUCCAGUUGAAGAGAAGAAAAAGGAGGAAGAGAAGGACGAGUCCGAGGAGUCUGAUGACGACAUGGGCUUCGGUCUCUUUGACUAAGUUUUUCUACAAGGAUUGUAAUAAAGAUUCUGGAUUCA